UCUCUGUAUUGUCGCCUUUUUUGCCAAGACAGCUGCCUUUGUUCCCUCUGGUGGCGCACUCAUGGCCUUCCCACAUGUGAAAAAUGCACUAUUUCUCAUCCUAACACACGCACACACACUCACUGGGACACGCACAAACAUAUGGUCCUGGAAGUCCAUCUGAAAAGAGUCCUAAACGAAAUGCGCAGUGUUUUUUGCAGGGAGUUAGCUCCCUUAUAAGACAAGAAAAGGAAACAAACGGAGCUGGACAUCAUCUGAAAGCUGAAGAUUCUUGUUUUGUUCUCGGCCAUUACUCAUCCCUCCUCUUGGACUAUCAACACAGCUUUUUUUUUCAUUCUUAUAAUUGUAACCCUGUUUUUUUUCUGCUCGGCAAUACAGAGACGUUGUUGUCGGAGUUGGUUUUGGGGUAUGGCACCUCCAAACACCUGUCUCAGACGGGCAUUCACUACUCUUGAUGUUAUACUCACGAUCCUUGGGGGCUUCAUCCUUGCCUUUGCGCUGUUUCAUCAUGGAGGUCUCCAUAACGAGCAGAAGGUGGAGGAUUUCCAUGUUGUGUUGAUCUCUGGGUAUGUCCUUGGGGCAGCCAUAGCGGCAGGUGCCAUACUUGGACUUUAUGGAGUUCGUAAAGAAAAACAAUGGGCACUGAUUGCGUCCUCAACUGGUCUGACUAUCGUCAGCCUAUUUCUUCUUCUGCUCUCCAUAGCAACAGCAAUAGAGGCAAACAAGGUGGAGGAGUACAUUGAAGAUUUCUAUAAGGUGGACCGUCUCCAUGAGGCCAGUGAAGAGAGGCAGCAUGAUGUAGAAGAAUGGCAAACAAUGCUCCAGUGUUGUGGGCUCCAUAACGGGUUCCAAGACUGGCACGGGCAUCAUCCGGAAUCUUGCCUCUGCCCAGAGAAACCAGACAGCUCCAUCAAAUGUGUCACUGCUUCUUUCAUAAACGGGACCACAACUGUAGAGGAGCUGGUGUAUGCGCAGGCCUGUAUACCAUUGAUGGUUGGGUUCAUGAGAAAGACAUUCAACAUUUUCCUAACAGUGCUGUUUGGCUUAUCAAUUCUUGUGGUUGUUGCCACGGGUCUGACUAUCGCUUUGCUCUAUCAAAUGCGAAAGAAGACAGUCAAUACAUCAGUCAUGUUCAAACAUUCUCCUAGCGGCUCAACUUACGCACAGUUCGCCAACUCUGACCAACAUUAUUUGCUAACUUGAAAGUGGCACACAGCUUACUUAGAUUUUAUGUUGAAGUAACACAUGCACAUGUAUAUGCUGAAAGAACAACUGUUAGAAAACACUGGGAGAAUUGUUAGCUAACACAGAAAACAUUACUGUGACAAAAUUCUAAACAAGCAUUUAUUUUUUUAACCUAUACCAAGCUGUAAUUUGCCAAAUUAAGCUACGUCCUAACCCAUUGCCUUUGUGUUGUCUAUGUCUUUGAACCAUUAAAAACAUAAAACAUGUAUACCUCUACUGUACUGCCAAAUUGCUUUGGAUAAAAAAGUGAAUAAAUAAAUGUUUUAGUUUCUGAUUAAAACCUUGCUGUGA